AUGCAAAUUUUGUUUUCUUCCAAUGUCUUAGAAAAGGCAGAUUCCGCAAAUGCAGAAGCUAUGUAUGAUGUCAUUAAGGGAAACCUUCAGUCGGCAGGUAUACCACUGGAUAACAUGAGAGGUUUGGCCACUGACGGAGCCAGUGUAAUAACUGGGAAAAACAAUGGACUGGCGGCAAUUAUAAAGAAGGAUGUACCAAUGAUGAUAUCUGUCCACUGCAUCUGCCAUAAAUUGGCAUUGGCAUGUACAGACACCAACAAGGACCUUAAGAAAAUCAAAGAUGCAGAAGUUGAGGUGACGCAGUUGUGGAAGGUUUUUGAUAAUUCCCCAAAGAAGUUGUCUGUUUACCUAAAGAUCCAGCAAGAGAUGAAGGCAGUGUACCUGGAAGCCAGAAUAAGUAAUAAGAUCUCCAGGAGGUUGAAGAAGGCAUGUGCUACCAGAUGGUUGUCCUUUGACAAGGCAAUUGAUACAGUAUGCUUCGACUUGCCUGCCAUCUUGCAGACUCUGCGUCAACUGAAGGGUGAUCCUGCCUGUUACGGUCUAUUGAAGAAAUUUUCUCAGGCAAAGAAGAUUGGCACACUGUAUAUCCUUCAUGCUGUCUUGCCUAUUCUCAGUAAGCUGAGCAAAGCUUUCCAGCAGGGCACAAUCAACUUCAGCACCAUUGAACCUUGUAUCAGUCACACAAAGGAUCAGCUUCUGGAACUUGCAAAAGAGAAUGCUAUCAACGCACCCGUGAAAAAGCUGCUGGAGGACACCAAGGAUGGUAUCUUAUCAACCACUGAAAUCAGGUGUUCAGAGAAUGAUGUACAGUACUUGCAAAAAUUAUUACAAGAUUACAUAAAAUCUUUAAUCGAAAACAACAACAGGUUCAAAAACGCAUCCCCAAUUCUCAAUGCCAUGCAAGUGUGUGAUUGUACUGCUAUACCACCCAAAAAUCAUCCGGAGUUCCAAAGCUAUGGUAACACACAUAUCAGCCUUUUAGCAUCACACUUUUUUCCAGAGAGUAUGGAAAACCAAGCACAGUUGCAUGCUGAAUUCAGUGCUCUCAAGUAUGCGAUGAAGGAUUGGCUUCUACCAGAAAAUGUAAAGGCUGGGAACAUUUCACCAACUGAAUGUGCAUUGCAGAGGCUGUGCAGUCAAAGGUAUGCUUUCAUUGCACACUUUCCGCUCAUGUGCAAGGUGAUAGAAGCGUUGAUGGUUAUUCCAGUCUCCAAUGCAUGGCCAGAGAGGGGAGCAUCCAGACUAAAAUUGAUAAAAACACGUCUUCGAAGUACCAUGAAGGGGGACAUGUUGAAUUCAUUGAUGCAAAUCGCCCUCAGUGGUCCCAAAGUAGGGUCACCAGAGUGCAAAGCACUAAUUGCCUCUAGUGUCCACACUUGGCUUUCUGCAAAACAAAGAAAGAAGAUCCCCAAACCACCCCACACCGCCCAACUUGAAAAGACCUUCAUUCCUGUACAAGCAGACAUGCACAGCUUGGUACCUGAGGACAUUACAGAUGCUGUAUGUGCUCUCCAGGAAUCUCCGCCUACUGUGCAUGAACUGGUUAAUGCAGCAGCUGCAAAAUUCGGUCUUCAAGACGACAGUGAAAGCGAUGGCUCUGAUUAA